UGUCCCACCCUUGUCUCGGCAGUUCACUUCCUGGUUGGGCGAGGCCGCCAAGAAGCAACAACGACAACACCAGACAACGUCGGAUGCUGUUAUGGCUGCUGCGGUUUAUCUCGUGUUAGCUGUCAUUGUUGGACUGGGACACAACACCGAUGCUCAAAGGUUAAACAUAGUACUUGCGUCUGUCGAACUGAAGGAAUUAUCCAACGUGAGUCUCAACUGCACCUUGACCAAUUUCACUUCCGUCAGCAACGUGACUUUUACGCAAACUUGGCAAGGGAAGACAAUUCAGUCCAUCUCAAAAGAAGUUGCAGAUUCUGUUUCAACUCUUCAAUUGGAUGGAUUUACUCUGCAGGACGCUGGCAUCUAUGAAUGUCAAGUGGAACAAACCAAAUCUGUUGAAUCCAUCGACCUCUCUCAGGAAGUCGAAAUGGCACCGAGGUUGAUGUCCGCCGCCCAUGUCGUCGUGUAUGCUGAGGUGGACACGAGGACGGCGUUGUCGGCUACGUUCCUUAAUGUGUCUACGAUGUGGCGAAGCAAAUGGAGCAAGGAUGGCAAAGAACUGGAUCCAGUCGGACAGCGCACGGAGGGCCAGGUAAUUGGCUACCGCAUGCACAGCCACCAAGUUAACGUCUCGGGGUCACGUUUGUCGAGGACGUGGAUGACAAUGUCCUCUGACUUUGGAUACUACUACGUGACGGCGUGCACAAGAGGUGGUUGCACAUCUGCAUUCAUCGAGCUGAAACAGCUGGCUCGACCGCAGCCACCCAUUCAAUUCCAAGUAGUUGACAACUUCACAGAUGGCUUCUGGUUCACGUGGAGGUCACAGUUCAACGGGGGAGGGGGUCAACGUUUCGAGGUAUCCUACAAACGUUCGGACUCAACAGCCAGAGGCUGGGUCUACAAGAAGAUCGACGAGGACCCUGGAGUCGGACAUACUGUUUAUGCCCAAAUAUCGGGUCUCGUGAAGAAUACCGGAUAUGACGUCAGAGUACAAGCCAUCAGCACGCAAACUGAUUCGCUAAAAUCAAAUUUUACAGAGGAGCUGUUUGUGUUUGUUGAAGAUCCUGUGACGUCAUCUGACAUUGGAGUGGGGGCCGGCAUCGGGAUUGGCAUCACCGUGGCCCUCCUUGUCGUUGCGGGGCUGUGUCUGGCAGGGUAUUACGUGUGGCGGACAAAACGUACAAACGACCCCCUUUUGAAGAACCCAGAAUGCAGAUCUGCUAUCGCGUUGCCGACACAGAACAGCACGUUGUCAUCACAGCCCAGGAAAAACAGCAACCCGUACAAUGCUACCGAGAAGCCGAACCCAGUCUGCCCCCUCAGCCCAAGUGUGACCCGACCCUCAAUGCCGAGACCACCUGUGCCGGGCAGCCAUGCUCCCCACACACCCAGCCUCCCUCGCUCUGCCGCACCCCUCCCCCCUACAGCCAACUCCAGGAAAAAAGACAAAAGUAUAGCCCAGCCCUCUCCGCCACCGGAUGAAGUGUACGAGGCGGUGGCCGGACGGGGGCGAGUACGUCGCUCCCAUAAUGCAUUACCAGAACAUGUGACAACAAACAUCAGUAAAAAAAACGGGCUUAAGGACUUCCCCAUAGCGGGCUCAGUAUCAUCCCCAGUGUAA